CUGCCUUACCUCAAAGCCAGAGAAGCUCAACGCCGGCGAGUGAAAUUGGAGCCACCCCCCCAAGCAGUCCCCACCACACCCUAGCCUGGCAGACCGGGAGCUACAGUGAUAGCUGCUUCCUGGAUUCCUCCCUCUAUCCAGAACUAGCGGAUGUCCAGUGGUACGGGCAGGAAAAAGCCAAGCCCGGGACCCUCGUGUGAGCCAGCCCGGCCGGUCUGCCCGCCUCGACGCCAUUCUGAGUCACCUCACUGCCUCUCAUUUGCCUUACCCAGACGCACUGUCACCUGCACCAGCUUCGGCCCUCAGCACUUUCUUUCUCCUCGUUUCCACAUCCCCUUCGCCCUCAAAAACCUGACUGAGGAGACAUUCUGGAAGGUUCCGGUCCCACUGUGUGUCCCUUGGCUCUCGUCCACAGAGGGCCAGACAGCAAUCCUCAAUGGCAUGUCGGUGGCUUCUCCCGAGCCAGGAACUGUCAGGGAAGCCGGCCGGCAUGGUGUUCCUGAGGACAAGCAGCACAGGCAGAGAACGGGAAGGAAGGCCGACCUGUGCCCCGUCAGCCAGCCAGGCACUUCAAGGAGAGGAUGCCUCGCAGGGGCUUCACUGUCCCCCACCCUGGAAUAUUGCUACGUGAGCCGGCUUGGGGCAUGGGAGAGCGAGAAAGGGAGCUCGACACGUCAGUGCUGCAUCGGAGGAUCCCACUCAGUUCUACGCUGCCAAAGAUUAAACAAACAAAAACAAACAAAAAAGAGGCCAGAGGAAGACUUUCUUUCCACAAGGAAAUGUCUCUGACAUUCUUAACUACUUCUCCACACCAAGCGGAAAUAAGUCCACCGUCUGUAAAUCGCGUCCUCUCCUGAUGCAGCUCCCUGCCAGGCCGCUCCUUCCCCGCCUGAGAGCCUUGAAACCAGCCACCGGGGACAGUGCAGCAGGGAGUCGGCUGGCCCUGCGCACCCAGCAUCCCCAUCUGCCUGGACGCAAAGGAAAACAGACCCUGGGGAGGAGCCCUGGCCGUGCGGGGAGCUCAGCCCACGCCUGAGACCCUUUGGGGAUCCGUAGUAAACACAAGGUGAUAAUUGCCAAAAGUGGUCUCUCUCAUUAAAGCAACCACUAGAAGUGUAACCUA